GUUUUGUUUUAACAAGUGGCCGAUAAAGUUGUGAAUGAAAGAAGUUAGACGCGCCCCCCCAACCCCUCAGCUCUGAGACAAUAGCCAAUCAAGCACAGCUGGGUUGGUUUGUAGUGUGAGAUGAAGCUACAAGGCGGAAGAGGCUGCAGGGAAUGGCGCCAAAAGCAGCCAGGAUCAGGAAUUAAAAACAAAAAUGGAAUUGAAUAGAUUCAACUAACUGUGGAUUUAAAGGAGACCCCGUGGCGGCUGCUAAUGAUCCAGCGAACCUCUGGAGAUGAUGGCGUACUGCUGCAGGUCGUCAGGUGCAUGCAGUUACGCAGAGCCACGGGGUGGUGGCGCUGGAGGGCUUGUGUCAGCGGAGCGGAGUGAAAGGGGAGGAGCAGCAUCGGGAGUAAAGUGGCCACACGGUGAGCCUGCCAGUCCGUCCGAGCGAGUCGCUCACAGCGCAGAUCUGCCGCUGCCGCGCAACGAACGCACAGAGACGCGUCUACCCAGUCCCGUCCUCUGUCCACACUUAAGCGACAAGCCUGGGCCGAGCACCGAGGGGGUCUACUCGAAGAGCAGCGCACGACCACCGCACAGUGUUGCUCCACUGGCUGUAAAAUGCAACUGCGGUCUUUGCGGGAUAAAGACAGCGCUCACGCAUAACCAUCGCCGUAGCCGUAGCGAAACAAGGACAAACGCCCGGAGGAGGAGGGACAGGAGCGGCGAGCGGAAGCAGAGGUGCAGACGACAAUACUCCAAAGGUCUAAUUUGUCUGUGAUGAGCAUCCCCAUCCACUGGAGACCAAAGGCCUGCCCCCGUUCUUCCCACUGAGAGGAAGUGAUGUCACGUCACCACCACCGCUUUGAGAGGGACUACCGGGGGCCCUGGGAUCGGAGAGACAUCCGUCCCUCCGGCCUUCACAAUGGAGGAGCCAACCACAGCUGUGCCUCUGCCGUCGUCAAUGGCAACAACCGUCCGGGGCUGCUUCCCCUCCCGGUCAUCCCUUCUCUCCUCCCCACUCCGGUUACAGUUGCCGUGACAACGUCGAGCUGUGACCUAGUGGUCAAGCGAGGCAUCACGGCGGCAGGAUCGGUUGCUCCGGCGUCGGCCAAGGUCUCCGGACUGUCUCCUGGAGACAACCAGACCCCAGGACUGCUGCUGGCUCCGGGAGUCAGGUGGGGACAGACGCCCAUCAACCAGCUCACGCCCUGGGAUACAGACGAGCCCCCUGCCAAGCAACACAGAGACGGCGAGCCCACCGGUCCAGCCUGGGCUGCACCAGUAGCUGCUGUAAGCCAGCAGAGUCUCCUGCCCCAUUCCUAUGGCCUCCCUCAACCUCCGUCCUUCAGCCACAGUGUGACGGCGCAGUCACCCAUCAUAGGAGUAACUCCGUCCAUCCAGACACCAGUGGCCCCGCAGCAUCCCCUCAUGACCACCCACUUCCAGCUCACACCACAGUCGACUCAGCAGGGGCCCUCCUUGGUGCUGAGCAUGCCCAGUCAGCCUCCGUACCCAGCAGCUCAGCCAACGGUUACACCGACCGCCCUCACUGCCCAAGCCAACCCAGUGGUUCAUCCAAACCCUCACAGCUUGAUGGGCAAUGGCCACUUAGCCUCUCACUCCAGUCUCCUCCAGCCCCCUACCCUUCCUCUCACCAAUGGACAGGCAGCAGUGCAUGCUCAGCCUUCGCCUGCAGACAAUCAGGACGCUCCCAAUGGGUUGCAAAUGCUGCGGACGGUUGGGAGCGGGAAGUACGAGUUCAGUGACCCGGGACACCCCAAAGAGAUGUUGAAGGAGUUGAACCAACAGCGCAGAACAAAAGAGUUUACAGACCUGAAAAUUAUUGUUGAAGGCAAAGAGUUUGAAGUCCACCAAAAUGUUCUAGCUUCCUGCAGCUUGUAUUUCAAGGACCUGGUGAAAAGGUGUGUGAAGACUUUGGUUCCUAGCACAGGGCCAGCAGCCAUUCCUUCCUCCACCCACUCAAAUGAAUGUAUCCCAAACCGGAGAAAAAGAUCGUCAGGGGAGACGAAGAGCAGGGAGAUGCUGGAGCUCACCAUGAGCAACAUCGGCGCUGAUGUGCUGGAGCUGCUGCUGGAGUUCGUCUACACGGGUUCGCUGGUUAUCGACUCGGCCAACGCCAAGACGCUGCUGGAGGCCGCCAACAAGUUCCAGUUCAACACCUUCUGCAAAGUCUGCGUCUCCUUCCUAGAGAAACAGUUGACUGCUGCUAACUGUCUGGGUGUGCUGGCCAUGGCUGAGGCCAUGACUUGCACUGAGCUCCAUAACAUGGCCAAAGCGUUUGCACUUCAGAACUUCCCUGAGGUGGCGGGUCAGGAGGAGAUUUUAAGCGUGUCCAAGGAGGACCUGGUGACAUAUCUGUCCAACGACAGCCUGAACACAAAGGCAGAGGAGCUGGUCUAUGAGACUGUCAUCAAAUGGAUUAAACAAGACCCCAGUUCAAGAGUACAGCAUUUGUCCGAGCUCUUGGCGGUGGUUCGUCUUCCCUUCAUCCAUCCGUCCUACCUGCUCAACGUCGUGGACAACGAGGAGCUGAUCAAAUCGUCAGAGGCCUGUCGAGAUCUGGUCAACGAAGCCAAGCGUUACCACAUGUUGCCCCACGCGCGGCAAGAGAUGCGGACCCCCCGGACGCGGCCGAGGCUUUCUGCAGGUGUAGCGGAGGUGAUAGUGCUGGUGGGAGGGCGACAGGCCAUUGGGAUGAACCAGCGCUCCCUGACAGCAGUCACAUGCUUUAACCCCCAGAACAGUAAGUGGUACCCGCUGGCCAGCCUGCCCUUCUACGACCGCGAGUUCUUCAGUGUCAUCUCAGCGGGAGACAACAUCUACCUGUCAGGGGGCACAGAGUCGGGCGUGAUGGUGGCCGACGUGUGGUGUUACAUGUCCCUGCUGGACAACUGGAACCUGGUGUCCCGGAUGACCGUGGCUCGCUGCAGACACAACAGCCUGGUGUAUGACGGGAAGCUGUACGCCAUCGGAGGUCUGGGCGUCUCUGGCAACCUGGACCACGUAGAAAGGUACGACACCAUCACCAACACUUGGGAGACUGUUUCUCCUCUCCCUAAGCCCGUCCAUUCGGCGGCUGCCACUGUGUGUGGAGGAAAGAUCUACGUUUUUGGGGGUGUGAACGAGGCUGGGCGCUCGGCGGGCGUCCUCCAGUCCUACAUACCACAGACCAACGCUUGGAGCUUCAUUGAGUCACCCAUGAUAGAUAACAAAUACGCCCCUGCGGUGAGUCUAAACGGUUUCAUAUUCAUUCUGGGAGGGGCCUACGCUCGAGCCACCACCAUCUACGACCCGGACAAAGGCAACAUCAAGGCCGGACCCAACAUGAAUCACUCUCGGCAGUUCUGCAGUGCCGUCGUCCUGGACGGUAAGAUCUACGCCACAGGAGGCAUCGUGAGCAGCGAGGGCCCCGCCCUCGGCAACAUGGAGACGUUCGACCCUUGCACCAACGCGUGGACGCUCCUGCAGUCGCUGCCCUGCCCGCUCUUCAGACACGGCUGCGUGGUCAUCAAGAAGUACAUCCAGAGCGGCUGACGGUAGCGCUGGACGGGACCGUACCGGGUCGCAGCCAAAACCACCAGCCGAACGAUGCGCGAUGACGGCAGCUCUGUCGACCGUUUGGUCGGUCUGCAUCGAUCCGCACGGCUAGCCCUGCAAACUCACACCCGUCCCCCGUCCCCUCACUCCCCUCUGCUCUCGUGAAACAAAACCCUGUGCAGAAUGUACCACAAGCUACUUAGCCAUGCCAGGUGACGAUGCCUAACCUCGAGUGCUGUACGUGUCAUGGUAGUAGUUCAUCCUCUCAUCCAACAGGCACAGGGACCUUCUUAGUAACUUAACCGUCUUUUUAAGUGGAGUUGUCUGGGUUUGGGUUGUCUUUCUUUCCCGUUGCGUCUCUGCCAGAUCGUUGUGAAUCCUCCACUUUCCCCUGGCCUCUGACCCACUCUGAGCUCAGUGAAAGCCAUCGCCGGUCCAUGCUUUUUUUUUGUCAUUUUUCAUUAAAUUCCGUUCGCCACGUCUGGGGUUCCAUAAGACGGUUCUGACAUUUAGACGGCGGGGAGGACGCGCGACGGAGUCGAGCGGGGCUGCUUUCCUCGUCAUCUGCGGGUCGGAGGGGGGCUUCCUUCUCGCCGCCGUGUCAGGAAGCGAGGUCCUCGUAUUGGGGAUUUACGAGGUACUUCCAGAACCAGACUGUGAACCCUCCGUGACCCAGUUUUAGUUUUUUGUUUUGUUUUUUUUUUGUAAAAUAUUUUUGACGAAUCGUUAAACACCAGACGGUCGAAUCUGGGUCACCGCUGAGAUUUCAAGAUUAGUGUUGGAGUUGCACAACAAGAGAGGAAUCGUCGGAGCUUUCCUCUACCUUUACUUUCUGGGACAAAGAUUACAUUACAGCAGCCAGGAGGAAUUUCUCUUUCUGUCGCCGUCUGAUCUGAUACUGAAGGCGGAGGAGAAAAAUAAAGCACAAUAUUCACCUGUGACUGUUAUCAUAGAUGUCAUCUGUUGAUUCAUGGGUUCUCAUCAGCCCCACCCCACCCCCCCUCCCAACCCUCACUCUAUGUUCUGAUUUAUACAGUGUGUUUCUUUGCAGCCCACACAAUGAUGUUGGGUUGAUAUUCUGUAAAUACAGGAAGGAAAUAUGUAUAUUUUACAACCUGAAAGCAAUUCUGUAUAAAUGUUUUUAGAAAAACAAGAAAAAAAAAAGAUUAUUAGGAUGGAUUCAACAUACGUCUGUAAAUCUGUACCCAGAAAGGAGAAGCUAACAAUUGUUACUAUUAAACCCUAAUACAUAUACAAGAA